GGGACUUACGUUCUAAGUAUUACCCUUACUAGCACAUCAUCACUCUCAGUUCACUUGACCCCUCAUACUUUGUGCGCUCGUACUUAGUUCGAUACUCGUCCGCCUAGUUACCUAGGCCCCCGGGUUCCAUAAACCAACAUUGGUGCUCUCAUUGAGAGUGUCGAACACAUCAAGCGUGCUCCAAAGGAAAAUGGUUGCGUCAAAGAGAGUUACCAGGUCGUCUACCGCCAAUCUCGGUGGUGGUCUCAGGAUGACUGUAACGGCGCCGACAGGCGCAGGUCCUGAUGAGCUGGAUAUCAGCCUCAACGAUGUCGCCAGCCAAAAUACCACUGACUUGCGUCACCGCAUUCCCAGACGACGAACGACGAACGCUGGGGGGUCUCAGGCGCCAACUCAGCAGGUACCCACCCAGGGCGUCGGCGUUCUAACUCAGCCUCCUCCUAACGGGCUUGUGUGUGGAGGAGGCAUGGUGUUGCCCGGUGAUUUCAACUCACCAUUUUUCCAAUUCGGGGAGACCUCUGGUGCGAGGACCCCAGGUCCAGACCCCAGCGGUUUCUGGGCCAUGAUGAGGGCGAUGAUGCUCAAUCAGCCCAUGACCGAGCUUUUUGCCCAACACCUGAAGAAUCUAAUGACGGACUCCCGCCUGAAUCCUUUGGCUGGGGGACCCGAGAACAAGGAGUUGAACCGAUCCCAGCAGCGGGACAACGGCAAGGGCCCGGAGCGUAGGCCCAACAAGAAGCAAGCCAGCCGUCGAGACAAGGAAACGGUGAGCAAACAUCGUGAGCCCUUGAGGGAAGGACAGGGUGAGAGUGAGUCACACGUAUCCGUGUUCAGCCGGAUGCGAGUGCCGGUUACGGAACGACUGUAUGGCCGACGGAAUGCCUUCCUGCAGAACGAAGGAGGGAAGAUCAGGAUGCCUUACGAGGAACAAUGUGACCAGCACAAUGAGGUCCACCCGGAAAGGAAAAAUUCCCGGGUCGAGCAACCCGUUCAACAUCCGAUUCUGAGAGCGCCGCAAGGGACGCCUAUCGCGAUGGACGGGGGCAUGAGCAGACACGGGGACGAACGCAUCGAUCUCCUCCUGAAGAGACUAGACGCCCUAGAAAGGAGGAACGGGGCGGGACAGGUGACCGAACCCAUGUUCAGACUGCGUUCUCCUUUCUCCGAAAUGAUCCUGAGGGCACCUCUGCCGAACAGCUUUCAGAUGCCGCCCAUACCGAGGUAUGACGGGACCACAGAUCUGCAGGAGCAUUUCAACCGAUACCAAACCCUCAUGAACGUGGUGACGUUCUCCGAGGAAGUCCUUUGUAGGUCGUUCCCCGCCACUCUUGACGGGUUGGCAUCUGAGUGGUUCAAUGAGCUGCCUGAGGGGAAGAUCGACUCAUGGGAGGAUUUGGCACGAAGGUUCUUGGUCCAUUUUGCCGGAAACAGGAAGAAGAAAUUGCAUUUUUCACAUCUCCUGUCGGUCAGGCAACGACCCGACGAACCGCUGAGGGAAUUCCUGGCAAGGUGGAAGCUGGAGACCACUAGAGUUUACGGAACGGAUGACAAAACCAGGUUAUCUACCUUCCAUUUGGUCUUACGCUCAGGUGAUUUCUCCAAGCGCCUAGCCUUGGAGAAGCCGAGGGAGUAUUCCAUCGCGCUGGCCAUGGCAGAGGACGAGGCCGAAGCAGAGGAACUGGAGGCAAAUAAGAAAAAGGAGGAAGCUGGGAGGCUUGGUUCUACCGCGACUGCGGUGAAGCCCAUGCCGAGGAAGGUCACCAUCGAUGAGCGACCGCAUUUGCCAGUUGGACACCACUUCCGGAAGGGCAGAGAUCCUCGUGACCGACGAUCGCACGGGAAGGACAUAUAUGAAGAAGGAGGCGAGGACAGGAGACCUUAUCCUCCCAGAGGUCCCAAGUUGUUGUUCCCUGAUGUGCUCACCCCGCUUACACAUCCCGUAAGCGCCAUCCUAGAUUUCGCCGAGCAUCAGGGCUUGGUGGAGUACGAUCCGCGAUUCCCCCCGAUUUGCACUAUCGGAGAAGGCCCUUACUGCAGGUUCCACAGAGCGGCCGGUCAUGACACAGACGCGUGUAAGCAGAAGAAAAGGAAGGAGAUGGGUCUCCCGAGCGACGAAGAAGAAGAAGACAACCCUAGACAGAAGAGGGUUGAGGAGAACAGGAUGAUCUACGGUGGCAACACCGGAGGAGACAGUGCCGAGCAAAGAAAGAAGUGGGUGCACUCGGCCUACGUCGGAGAUGUUUACAGCGCUCCUGGACCGUCGAAAAUCACGAAGACAGAGCCCCUCCUAUUUGGUCCCAAGGACCUGCCUGAGAUUCCAUCACCCCACAGGGACGCCUUGGUCAUCAGGUGUGAGAUCAACGAGGUGGUAAUCCACCAAUCCUACGUUGACAAUGGGAGCUCGGUGAACAUCAUGUACGUAAGGACAUUUGAGGAGCUGGGAUUGAAGAAGGAACUCUUGAAGAGAGUAAGGACUCCCUUGUCCGGAUUCACGGGGGACAUCAUCGAUUUAGAAGGCCUGGUCGAAGUGAUGGUCACCUUCGGCGAUGGAGAACACAAGAGGACGAUCCCGGUAGAAUUUCUGGUGGUACGACUUCUGGGAUCCCAUAAUCUGAUCUUGGGUCGGCCUGCGCUGGAAGAUCUCGACUCCGUGACAUCAGUGAAGUAUUUGAGCAUGAAAUUCCCUACUGAUUUGGGAGUAGGGGUGUGCAGAGGAAACCAGAAACUCGCCCGACUCUGCUACCAGAAGCAAACCAAGAAGAUGGACGCUCAGGAUCUUAGAGUGGAUAGUAUUGCCACGGCACUCUUGAAGGAGGAAGAAGGUCGUCCUAGAGCUGAACCAGCCGAAGAUACAGAAGAUGUGGUGAUCAUGGAGGAGCAGCAGGAGAAGAAGAUCAAGCUCGGUAUUAACAUCAGUGCCGAACUUCGAUCGAGGAUCAUACAGGUACUGAGGGAGAAUUUUGUGAUCUUUGCAUGGAGUGUCGAGGAUAUGCCGAGAGUCAGCAAAUCCCUGAUCACCCACCGCCUCGCGGUCGAACCGGACGCAGAGCCCAAGCUGAACCAUUACUUCCAAGCCCACGAAGUGGAAGUGAGGAGUCACCAACCUUUGAGCAUCAUCAUCAGGAAUCCGACGGCCUCUAAUAGGGUCAUCAAGUGGUCUGUCUAUCUGAGUCAAUGUCAGAUAGAGAUGAAGCCGAGGACAGCAAUCAAAGCCCAGGCCUCGGCCGACUUCAUGGUGGAAUGCACGGCACGGGACAACAACCCCAUGCCAGCGGCGGAGCAGGAAGAUUGGUGGACUUUGUCCACUGAUGGAUCAUCAGCUGCAAAGGCUUGCGGUGGGGGCGUGGUAAUCCAAUCACCUGAAGGAUUCCGCUCCUAUCAUGCGAUAAAAUUCCAGUUCAAGGUAUCCAAUAACGAAGCCGAGUAUGAAGCAUUACUGAGCGGACUGAGGCUCAUCCUCAACCUGAAGGCCAAGUACGUCAGGAUCAGGUGCGAUUCGCGCCUAGUCGUCAGUCAAAUCAAAGGAGAGUUCGACACCAAGGAGGAACGGAUGCGCCUAUACAAGGAGGCGGCCUUGGAGUUGCUCAAAAUCCUAAAAGGAUACGAGCUCAUGCAGAUCCCAAGGGCGGAAAACACCGAGGCAGACGUCCUCUCCAAACUGAGCAACGACAGCCCCGAACAUAUCUCCAAGAUGGCUCACAUUGAAGACCUGGGAACCCCAAGCAUCCACGUGCAGCUCAUCUCUGUUGUCACUGAGGAGGCCAGCGGCUGGAUCGCGGAAUUAAUCCGGUAUAAGAAGGACGGGAUUCUCCCUGGCGAUGAGACGACGGCCCGUUUGAUCAAACGGAGGGCGCCGACGUACGUCAUUGAGAAUGGCCGACUAUACAAGAGAUCGUACAACGGCACGUUGCUAAGGUGUGUGGAUGAAGCCAGAGCCGGGCAAAUCAUGGAAGAAGUGCACGAAGGAGUAUGCGCGGCACAUCAAGGUCCUUUCUCCAUGGCCAGACGUAUUGACUUGCAGGGAUACUUCUGGCCGACCAUGGUGAAGGACUGUGCCAAGCGCGCCAAGCGUUGUAAAGUAUGCCAAGUUUUCCAGAACAUUCCGGGAAAACCAGGAACCAGUUAUCACCCCAUCAGCUCGUCGAUUCCUUUUGCUCAUUGGGGGAUAGACUUAAUCGGACUGAUGCCGAGGGCACCUGGCAAUUUCCGUUGGAUCAUUGUGGCCAUCGAUUACUUCACGAAGUGGAUCGAGGCCGAGCCUUUAGACGGAGGAACUUCAGAACAAUGCUCAAAAUUUGUGAACAACAAUAUACUCUGCCGGUAUGGCGUCCCAAAGCAGAUCACUACGGACAACAGAACCCAAUUCGAAGCCGGAGAUUUCAAUGAACUAUUGGAAGAUUGGAAGAUAAGGCACACCUACAGUUCUGUGGCUUACCCGCAAGGGAACGGCCAAGUAGAGAACGCCAACCGAACAAUCAUGGACGAGAUCAAGAAGAGGCUGGAAUCUUACAAAGGAGCCUGGGUGGACCAACUUCCCAACGUUCUGUGGGCAUACCGCACAACUCCGAGGAGGGCGACUGGAGAAACGCCGUUUUCCAUGUGCUACGGCCUGGAAGCAAGGGCACCCUCGGAGGUGUUCAUCCCAACAUGGAGAGAGGAAAAUUAUGAAGCCAAGGAGAACGAGGAAGCCAUGGCGGCCGAUCUUAAUUUCGUUGAAGAACGCCGAGAGCAAGCUUUCCUCAAAGCAGAGAACUACCGGAGGCAAGUUAAAGAAUAUUACGACCGCAAGGUCAGAGCAACGGAAUACCGAGUAGGGGACCUGGUACUCAGGAAGAGGGAGGCCAGUCAGCCCACAGAAGGGGAAAAGUUUGCAAAAAGCUAUGAAGGACCAUACAAGGUCAUAGCUGUGCUCAGGCCAGGCACCUACAAGCUCUCCACGCUUGAAGGUCGCGAACUCGGCAGGCAUUGGAACACGCACAACCUCAUUUCUUUUUACAUGUAAGGCGCUGAGAACCGUAACCAGUCGGCCUCGGUAGCUAAAAAAAAUCUUCUACUUAAUGAAAUACUCGCUUCCACGCGAAUUUUGUUGUUUUUGCUUUACGCAAUUUAAAGACGCUGAUUAGCGCUAUCGGGCUCCCAUGCCACGAUUUUUUAUGGCCUCACGCGGUCUUUCGCUAUACGCGAACUAAGUCCUUUUG